AUGAGUGUCCUACAAGCUGAACUAAUGGUCAUGGAGUUGGUCCAAGAUGAGCCAUCUAUUGCAUCAGCAUGUGUCCUGCAGAGUCCAAGUAAUGCAGCAAUUAUUCAAGACAAGCAUUCAGUUCAUGAUCAAAAGGCAAAAAGAAAGGAGACAUCCAAUCCCAAUAUUAUAUUCUGUCCUGAUCCAAAAUUCAGUGAUUUUGAUAAGGAGAGGAUAAAGGAUUGUUUUGCUGCUGAUCAAUACUGGGCUAUUUAUGAUGAUACUGAUUCUAUGCCAAGAUUCUAUGCUCGCAUCAAGAAGGUGCACUCCCCUUUCAAACUGGAAUAUACUUGGUUGGAACCAAAUCCAAAUCUAAAAGAUGAGAUUGAAUGGCAUGAUGCAGAUUUGCCUAUUGCAUGCGGUAAGUACAGACUUGGAAGUACUCAGAUAACUAAGGAUAUUGAUAUGUUCUCUCACAAAGUGCGUUGUGUAAAAGGGAGUGCUAGAGAUUCUUAUCUGGUAUAUCCCAUGAAGGGAGAAACUUGGGAAAUUUUCAGACAUUGGGAUAUAGGAUGGGCUUCUAAACCUGAAAAGAAUGCAGAAUAUCAAUUUGAAUUUGUCGAAGUCCUUUCUGAUUUUGAUGAGAAAGAUGGUGUUAAAGUUACUUAUCUGAGCAAAGUGAAAGGGUUUGUUUGUCUCUUUCAGCAAACUGUGCAAAAUGCGAAUGUUAAACAAGUAGAACCUGCAACAAACAACAAAGUUAGCAGCAAGACCUAUCUCACAAGCAAAUGCUCAUGCUGA